GCAACACUUAAUGAAGUACACACAUUAGUAAGAUGUCCAUCCUACUGAGAAAUGAACUGUGAAAAAGUUUAAGCAAACAUGUUCCAGCUGUUCCUACAAAGGAUUGCACAAGUCACACAUUUUGUUUCCACAAAACUUUCCCCACAAUUUGCUGCUGCUCAGCAUGUACUCACAUGUACUUCACUUAGCUUCCUACAAUUAAAAUUUGCAAACAAAAAACCUUUCCAGUGCUAGCAGACUCAUAUGCUUUCCCAGAGAUUUGGAGCCACGUGUUUCAGGAAUGGCUGGGUACACCACACCAAUAUAAUAUAAAGCUCAACCAAGUGGUUGGUACUAAAAUGAUAUGGGUGGCUGUCAUUGGUGACUGGUUCAACCUCAUAUUUAAAUGGAUUUUAUUUGGCCAUCGGCCUUACUGGUGGGUGCAAGAAACAAUGAUUUAUCCUAAUCAGUCAAGCCCAUGCCUUGAACAGUUUCCUAUAACAUGUGAAACUGGACCAGGAAGCCCAUCUGGACAUGCCAUGGGAUCAUCCUGCGUUUGGUACAUAAUGGUCACAGCAGCACUUAGCUACACAGUUAGAUGGAAAGAUAAAUCAGCUGUUACCCUUCACAGACUAACAUGGUCAUUCCUCUGGAGUAUUUUUUGGAUUAUCCAGAUCAGUGUGUGCAUCUCAAGAGUAUUCAUAGCAACACAUUUCCCUCAUCAAGUUGUUCUUGGAGUAUUUGCCGGCAUUCUUGUGGCAGAAGCAUUUGAGCAUACCCCUGCUAUUCAGACAGCAAGCUUGAGAAUGUACAUCAAGACAAACUUGUUUCUUUUCCUCUUUGCCCUUGGCUUUUAUCUGUCCCUCAAGCUUCUUGAUAUUGACUUGCUAUGGUCCGUUCCAAAGGCCAAGAAGUGGUGUGCCAACCCAGACUGGAUAAACAUUGACACAACUCCAUUUGCUGGACUGGUGAGGAAUUUAGGUGCACUCUUUGGUUUAGGUCUUGGAAUUAAUUCUGAAAUGUUCAUCACGAGCUGCAAGGGUAAAAAUAGCUGCAAGAUAAGUUUCCGCAUAUUGUGUAUAGCUGCUUCUUUAGCUACUCUGCAGCUGUAUAAUUUUGUUAAGAUACCUACUCAUACUGAGUAUUUGUUCUACAUUCUCUCUUUCUGUAAGAGCGCAGCUAUGCCUCUGACUGUAGUUGCCUUGGUUCCAUACUGUGUCCACUCAUUAAUGAGGACAACUGAAAAGAAACUUAAUUAGGUAAAGUUUCAAAAUGGUUAGCAAUGUGGGGAUGGAUGUGAACUGUUUGAGAACCCUCUGCAAAGGCAGUUUUGCUAAUUCAUUUAAACCAAGGGGAUGCCACUGCAUCUAUGAUGUGUUCCUGGUAAGUAACCAGUACAUCCAAAAUCAGUACAUUCAAGCACUUGAGAAAUAUUAGUGGCUGAUUUUAUUCCUAGAAAUAUUGCAAGCGCACUGCAGUAUGGUUAGAAAUGGCCCAAUACUCUGGGUCAUAAUGAAGUUUUAAAGUACAACCAACCAUCUUUAUUUAGCUAUAUGGUGGUCUUCUAGUUCUGUCCAUCUCUAGCUAGAUAAUGCUUCAAGCAUCAGCUGUACAUAGUGAUACUCAAUGUUUCAUUUUUUAUAAAUAGAUACUGUGUGUUAUACUGCUACAUAAUGGUGUGACAGUAUCGCACCACCUACUGUAUGGCUGUACCCAGGCACUGUGAAAAAGGCCAGCAUAGUUAUAAACAAGGCUUUAGAUUUAAUUUAUUGAGCUUCCUGAGCAAACCAGCUUCUGAUUAAGUCAGAUGAGGAAAAAAAA